AUUUGACCCCGAAAUGGAAACUGUCUGAGCUUGCCUCUGAUCGCGCGUCGCCCCAGAUCCCCGCGGGACGGCCAAAAAGACAAGCCGUUCCCAGCCCCCGGAGGCCUCUCCCUCUCUUACCAACUCGCAGUCUACUCUUGGCUGCUGGAGCGUCGUGCCUACCGAGCAGGCAGAUCCCAUCGCGGCAACCCUGAGGUCCUCCGGAAACCAAGAGCCAAUAUGUUGUCCAACACAGCCUCAGCAAGCAGCGCCGGCACCGAAGCAGGCGGCGGAACGUCCGUCCAUCACUCGAUCACUGUCGCAGUCCGAGUGCGUCCUCUGCUGCCAAAAGAGCGAAUGGAAAUGAACGACCCAACAUUCUCGUACUCCUCCGGAGGAACCGACAAUAACACAGCUUUCAAACGGCUUGUUCAAGUGCUUGACUCCCGGGUCCUGAUAUUUGAUCCCAAAGAUCCCACAGCAAGGUCAAUCCGGACGUAUGAUCACCGUAGUCGCAGAAACAAAGAAAUCCGCUAUUCCUUUGACCGAGUCUUCUCCGAGGAGGCAAGCCAACAGGAGGUCUAUGAAGGAACAGUCCAGCCGCUCAUCGACAGCGUCCUGCAGGGCUACAAUGCCACCGUCUUCGCCUAUGGAGCCACAGGUUGCGGAAAGACACACACUAUUACAGGAACGCCGUCGGACCCUGGCGUCAUUUCCCGCACGAUGGAGGAGCUAUUUCGAUGCAUCGAGCAGCGCUCAAAGACCCACAUCAUCGAGUCGACUGUGUCAUAUCUCGAGGUCUACAACGAAACCAUCCGCGAUCUACUGAUUCCCGAAGGCCCGCCGCUGCAUCUUCGCGAAGAUGAGAGCGAAAACCACGUCCUCGUUUCAGGGCUCUCGGAACACCACCCAAAGAACGUAAACGACGUGAUGAAAAUGCUGAUCCUGGGCAAUGAAAACAGAACACGCGCCCCGACCGAGGCCAACGCUGUGAGCUCACGAUCCCACGCCGUUCUUCAAAUCCGGAUUCGGACACGCGAAAAGGUCACCGGCGUGACGGCGGUGUGGAAGAGUGCUACGCUGUCGAUCAUCGAUCUUGCCGGAAGCGAGCGAGCUUCGGCGACAAAGAACAAAGGAGAUCGGCAACUUGAGGGCGCCAACAUUAACAGAUCGCUGCUUGCCCUUGGAAACUGUAUCAAUGCGCUCUGCAGCAACAAGCCCAAUCACAUUCCCUAUCGCGACUCGAAACUGACUCGGUUACUCAAGUACUCACUCGGCGGAAACUGCAAGGUUGUCAUGAUUGCCAACAUCAGCCCCGCCGUCGUCCACUACGAUGAGACCCAGAACACUCUCAAGUACGCAAACAGGGCCAAGAAUAUUACUACAGUUGUUGCGCAAAACAACAUUGAUGUCGAGUACCACAUAUCCGAAUAUCCAAAAAUUAUCCGUGAUCUGAAUCUACAAAUUCUGGAGCUGAAAGAAGAAAUCGCCCACCGCGAUCGUCAGGUAUCAGCCAAAGCCAGCGCCGGGAAGGCCGCAGAAGGCAAUCGCUCAACUCGCUCUCGAUCGCUGCCCAACGAGAGCAGCGAGGAGAGCUCCGCGUUCGGGCACGAUCUCAUUCGACAAGUACACCAGCUCUUUUACAAACUGGACGAAAAACGUCUCGAGCUCACGGCUGCAAUGGUCUCGAUCGAGCGAAAUGAGCACCGUCUCAAGUCGCUCCAGAUACUGGCGGACAAGCUCUCGUCAAUGUGCACCAAUAGCGAGUCUGUCGGCCUUGCCGAGGAGCUCCUGUCUCGGCUGCAGCUUUCACUAUUAAGUGUAUGCGAAGAGCUUCACCUUAACAGCGCCAACCUGCGGCAGUACACGAUUCAAGCCGAGGAAGCAAUCAAAGCCGGUCGAAACGAGCUGAGCAACCUUCAAAAUGGAGCCAUCUGGCAGAAACUCAGUCAAGUGGAUCGCGAAAAUGUCAAGAAGGAAAUCAUGUUGAUGGAGGUCAUGUCGGAAAACUCGCAACUGACAUUGAAGCUAGAAGUUCUCCGUGGCAUCGCGACCGAGCGGACAACUGCAGUUGACAAGCUCUCUGCGAGUCAGCUUGCCGCGAUCCAAGGACUAGAGGAGAUGGCGCAGAUCGCUCACAGCCACAACGACGAAAUGCUCAUGGCAAUGCCCGAGGACAUGAUGGCUAAUGUAGCGGGCGUCAUUGCUGAGGUUGUAAGCCUCCAGGACGACCAGGAAACGUCGCUGCUGAUCGACGAGGUGCUCGAUCGACAGAACAAACGAAUCGAGCAUGCCAAAGCUCCGGCAAAGAAACAUCGACGGUCGACCAUGCUCGAGUCGCGACUCCGAGCACUGAUGGUGAGCGACCUUCAAGACCCAGAACCCAAGCCGGACUCGGCUGGCGGCGACGCAACCGCUGCCAUCAAAAGCAGCAUCGAGAAUCACUUCAGCUCUUAUUCCUCAUCUGCGGACGAGCAUGCCUCAUUCAAACGAUCGGCGAGCGACCAGAUGGAGUGCGACAACGACGAGACGCCGACAGCACCAAAGAAGCGCCGCAUUGCCGCUCAUGAGCCCGACGGCAUGGCGGAUGCCGAUAGCGACGCUACUCCAGUGGCAAGCCACAGACGCGAUGCCCCAGCAAAUCCACCUGCGACUAAGACACCGACAAAUGCCGGGCAUCGGGUUGCUGCGCUGGCUGCUGCCUCUGCUAGCUCCGGCGGAGGGCCGAUCCGUUCAAGCCCGAUGAGAAGAACCACUCGAAAUCGGGCACGGGAGUCCCUGAUUCCCGUUAUGGUGGCACCAGGGAGCGCAAAGAGAAAGCCCAAGGCCCCAGGUCCGGCGGCUUGGUCGACCCAGCUUGGACCGCAGCCAAUCGGCACCGCAGCUCUGGCCACACAGAUGCCAGCGCCAAGUGCGACAAUGUUUACUUUCGAAGCCAAGGCAUCUGCUCCGCCUCCCAGCUCCAUCCCGUUCGGAGCUGCCCAGCUUGGAGCCGGAUCCAUGUCCAAUAUCGGGGCCCAGCUCUCGAUUCGUCCAGCCGACAGUACUUUCGACCCUCGAAGCACUAUGAUGCCGCCUCCUUGGGGAGGAGCACCAAUGACACUGACGACUUCCGACUCGGCAGCGACUCAAAGACGCCCCCUGCGCCGCAAAACCAAUGCUGGAUUGGACCCCAAAAUCGAGGCGGCUGUGGACUGCAUCCAGACACGAACACGAUCCAAGGGGACAGCGGGAGCCGGAAUGGAGGGCAUUUCGGAGCCAGAAUCGGGGCUAGGCGGCAAGAUCGGCGGACAUGUCGCCCGUCGAUCGCUGCUCCCGGCGCCCCGAGAUAUGGGCAGGGUUGGUACCCGCUCAUCAGCUCGGCUCCGGGCAAACAAUCGUCUUUAGUCGAUCGCAAAUGAGGCGGCAUAUUGUGUUGUUAUGGCCCUUUUACACUAUAUUCAGAAAAAAACGGGACACCACAGCCGUUUCCAUGAACAUGUAGUAUGUGAUGGCAUGCGUCAAGCAAAGCCACAAUAAAUAGAUCAGAUCACUUUGGC